UGAUUGAACAAGGAAACAAGGAAGGGAAGACAAGCAUCCAGAACACUUCCUUUCUUGAGCAUCUCUGAAACAAAUCCAAGAAAAUAAGACAUUUCUCUCUCUCCACGGAUAGACCAUCUUCAUUCAAUCCACACCUUCCUGCAUUUCCGAUUUUGAAAAUAAAUCCAUUUUCUCAUCUGGUUUCGAAAAACACGUGAAUUCCCUCAUUUGGCUCAUCUGGUUUUUGAGUUUUAUUUCAUGGGGUUGAAGGAGAAAUGAUGGAGCUUUUGUCGAUAAUCUUCUGCUUGGAUGCUUCUCCAUUCUUCUAUUUCUGAAUCCAAGCAGCUCUGCUGCUGAUGGUCCUUUUUCUGGCAUUUGGGUAUCUCCAAUUCUUUUGUUUUUGGUAAUUUCUGGUCAAUCUUGGAGCUUUCUAUCUGUUUGUUUCUUGGGUACUCGCGGAUAUGUCGUUCUUCGUGGGACUCGUUCUCGGGAUCGCAUUUGGUGUCGGGCUUGUGAUUGCUUUCGUUAAUUCCGAGAAUUCACGAUCCAAGCGCCGGUCCGAGCUGGCUGCGACCGUGGCAUCUUUUGCAAGGAUGACUGUGGAGGACACAAGGAAAAUUCUUCCAGCUGAAUUUUACCCUUCUUGGGUUGUUUUCUCACAGCGCCAAAAGUUGAAUUGGCUUAAUCUUGAACUCACAAAAAUCUGGCCAUAUGUCAAUGAGGCAGCAUCUGAGCUGAUUAAAACUUCUGUCGAACCAGUUCUAGAACAAUAUAGACCAGUCAUCUUAUCUUCUCUCAAAUUUUCGAAGCUGACUCUUGGAACUGUUGCUCCCCAAUUUACAGGAGUGACAAUUCUCGAAGAUGGAAGUGAGGGGAUCACAAUGGAGUUGGAGGUGCAGUGGGAUGGGAAUCCAAGCAUCGUACUUGAUAUAAAAACAAGAGUUGGUGUAGCACUACCAAUACAGGUCAAGAAUAUUGCUUUCACUGGGGUUUUCAGGUUGAUGUUUAGGCCUCUAGUGGAUGCAUUUCCAUGUUUUGGAGCAGUCUGUUACUCUUUGAGAGAAAAGAAAAAGAUGGAUUUCACGCUUAAAGUUGUUGGCGGUGAUAUAUCAUCGAUCCCAGGGCUUUCCACUGCUAUUGAGGAAACAAUUCGAGAUGCUAUUGAAGAUUCAAUGACAUGGCCAGUACGGAAAGUUAUUCCUAUUUUGCCUGGGGAUUAUAGCAACCUAGAGUUGAAAGCUGUCGGAACAUUGGAAGUGAAGCUUGUGCAAGCAAAGGAGCUGACAAAUAAGGAUGUGAUAGGGAAAUCCGAUCCCUAUGCUAUUUUGUACAUACGCCCGCUACGAGAUAGAAUGAAGACCAGCAAAACAAUUAACAACCAAUUAAAUCCUGUCUGGAAUGAACACUUUGAAUUUGUGGUUGAAGAUGAAUCUACCCAACAUUUGGUAGUGAAGAUAUAUGAUGAUGAAGGGCUUCAGGCUUCUGAACUCAUUGGCUGUGCUCAGGUGCCAUUGAAAGAUCUUGAGCCAGGGAAAGUGAAGGAUGUAUGGUUGAAACUGGUCAAGGAUUUGGAAAUCCAAAGAGAUAAGAAAAACAGGGGUCAGGUGCACCUGGAGCUUCUGUACUGUCCUUAUGGAAUGGAGAAUGGAUUUUCUAACCCUUUUGCCAAUCCAAAGUUCUCGAUGACCUCCUUGGAGAAGGCCCUAAAAAGCGGGACGGACGGAGCAGAGGUUUCUGAGCUUGAGAGAACAUCUACACACAGGAAACGGGAUGUAAUUGUGAGAGGAGUUCUAUCAGUGACAGUGUUGUCUGCAGAAGACCUGCCUGCCAUGGAUCUGAUGGGAAAGGCUGACCCAUUUGUGGUGCUCCGCAUGAAGAAAACAGAAACCAAAAACAAAACAAGAGUUGUGAAUGACAGUCUAAAUCCAGCAUGGAAUCAGACUUUUGACUUUGUUGUGGAGGAUGGGUUACAUGACAUGCUAAUAUUGGAAGUUUGGGAUCAUGACACAUUUGGGAAGGAUUACAUGGGUAGAUGCAUCUUGACGCUCACGAGGGUUUUAUUGGAAGGCGAGUACAAGGACAGUAUCCCACUGGAUGGUUGCAAAUCUGGACGGCUGAAUUUGCACCUCAAGUGGAACCCACAGCCAAUAUACAGGGACUCCUGAUUAACAAACGGACCAAAGCCAACCUCUCUCAUGGCAGUAGAGGAUAGUAUGGUUUCCUGGCAUACCUUACCUAUUAUAAAGAAGCAGGUAUGCUAGUGAAUUUUACUCAUGUAUUCUAGUUUUUUUGCAUAGCCAACUUGGGUGCAUGCACCCCAUCACCCACCUUUCAAAGAUCUGGAAAAAAUAAAUAAAUCUUUCAGGUCACUGCUUAUUCUCUA